AUGUCUGUUCUGCCUUCAAGGUUCAUCUACGUGUGUUUACAUUUUCUGGUCCUCUACUUCCAGUUACAGGAGUCUCACCAGAGCUCUGCAGACUUCCGCUUCUACAUCAAGAACCAGAGUCGGGAUAACGUGAGCCGGAAGCAAGUGCGAAUAUACCAGCUGUACAGCCGGACCACUGGGAAGCAUGUCCAGAUCCUCGGCAAGAAGAUCAAUGCCAAUGGAGAAGAUGGGGGCAAGUACGCUCUUCUUGUUGUUGAGACAGAAACAUUCGGAAGUCAAAUUCGAAUACAAGGAAAAGAGAGUGGCUACUAUAUUUGCAUGGACAAGAGUGGCAAAAUUAUCGGCAAGCUCAACGGGAGUAGCCCGGAGUGUGUGUUCGUGGAGGAGUUCUUGGAAAACAACUACACGGCAUUUGUGUCUGCCAAGUACAAAGGCUGGUACCUGGGCUUCAACCGUAAGGGCCGGCCCAAGAAAGGCAUGCGGACGGCCCAGACGCAGCAGGAAGUGCAUUUCAUGAAGCGGGGCCUCAAGGGCACGGUGGACCCUCAGGAGGAGUUCCGUUUCACCACGGUAACUAAACGGACGCGCAGGGCACGGCGUCUGAGGCCCAACCUCAAAACGAACUGA